AUGUUUGCCUGGAUCUGCAUCGAAUUCAGAGGUCCCCUCGGGAUGAAAUGGACUCUCAAGCCAAGGGACCAUAGAUCCGAAUGGCUACCACGUGCAUGGUCCACUGACUCUUACGCAGAGUGUGACCAAGCCAAGAUGGGGUUCUUUUUCCACUUGGAGGAUAUUAAGAAGCUUGAAAUGCAGAUCCAUCCCUACUUCAAGAGUCUCAUUCCACUUGCAAAGGAAUGGUAUGGCCUGAUGAGGAACAACGACAACCCAGAUUCGGUAUCCUUUAAUGCUGUGCUUGAGAUGUUGGAUAGGCAUCAUGCAGAGCUUCCAAAGGACGAACCAUCCCCUGAAUUGUUAUUUGCCAGAAUGAUCCUCAAGCGAAAACGGUCAACUGGAAAUGCUCCUGAUUCUGCAGCAGAAAAGCCCCCACAGUCGACCCCUGACUUAGAUGUGGCUGACAACUCGAACCUUCGACAUACUAAUCGUGCAGGUGCUGGGAAGGGGGGUAGGAAUAGUCAACUUGAGAGAAUUGGUGCCUUAUUGGAUGCGCCUGGGCGGGCAACCAAACCCAAAGGCACAACCACCAUUGAUUCCAAUGCUCCUGUGAAUCCUCUCGCUCCAGCAGGUCGCAGGAGUCACUCAAAGAAGGCUCCUCCACCAUAUAGCGCCUCACAGCUAGUGGUAGAUUCCAGCGGUCCACCUUCAAGAAAACAAGGCAAAAAAGCCAAGAACGCUGCUGCCUUUGCCUCCAGCGUCGAGGCACUGAAUCAACCAAGCUUUUUACAAUGCAAAUAUGGUGAAUGGUUUGGGUUCUAUCCACCAAUUGUCCCUCCUCGCAUGGAGCAAGUUCUCAACAACUCCUUGAUAACUGCCAAGAGCACCAGUCAGAAGCUCACUACUACGAGCAUUCACACUUCAUCGCAACAAGAUCUUUCACACUUCAUCACAACAAGAUCUUUCAAAAACAACUUCAAUCCUUCUCUCUGGCCAAUCGGUCAGGAAUCACAAGGUAAAGCUAGUUAUUGUGGCGCCUCCCUCCUGUCAAUUGGCCAGAAAGCUCAAGCUGAAGUUACAACAUCCGAGGAUGACACUCCCCCUACUGAUGAUACUGACGAAAGCAACACUGAUGAAGAGAGUGAUGAUCAUGAUAAAGAAAUUGGUUGGGGAGGAGACCAUGGGUGUCAUAGUGUGCAUCCCAGUACAUGA